GUGAGAGAGUGGGCAGGGAGAUCUCCUAUAAAGCCACAACGAUGCAGAGAAGAAACACACUGUCACAACUUGUGAUAUCCCCCCGCCUGCCACCACCGCCAACCGGAGAGAGAAAGACGCAGAGAUGGCCAAAGUGUUUGUCUAUUACACCGGCGGGACUGUUGGCAUGGUACCAGGGCCAGAUGGGGAACAUCCAGCCAAGAAGGGCGAUUUCACCAAGGAGCUCCGCAGACAUCCCGAGCUCUUCUACAAGAAGGAUGGGGGCUGGUUUCUGCUGCCUCCUUUGGCCACAGAUGACUGUCCUGCAAAACUCCAGGUUUCUUAUAAAGUGGAAGAGGAAGACAACCCCAUUGAUUCUUCCAAGAUGACUCCCAAUCUCUGGGUUUAUUUUGCCAACAAAAUCAAGGAAAAUGCAGAGGAGUAUGAUGGGUUUGUCCUCCUCCACGGCACGGACACGCUAGCCUACACCUCCUCCGCUCUGUCCUUCCUGCUGCGGGGGCUGAAGAAGCCGGUGGUGGUGACAGGAGCCCAGAGGUCCCUGUUCGAGCCCCGCAGCGAUGCCGUGGAGAACAUCCUGGGGGCGCUGUUGAUCGCAGGCGGAUACUGCCGUGACCCCGCACUACAGCUGGUGUCCGUGUUCUUCAACCACCGGCUCUUCCAAGGGAACCGCGUGACCAAGUACGACUGCGACGCCUUCGACGCCUUCAACUCCCCCAACGUGGAGCCGCUGGUGGAGAUGGGGGUCACCAUCGAGGUGAAUGCCAGGCCCUUCCCAGUUCCGAACAAUUGGCUGCCCAUUUGUGACUGGGAUUCACUUCCAGAUGUUCGGAUCUUGCGUCUUUUCCCUGGGAUCACUGAGAAUUACGUGAAGUGUGUCCUGGCUGGCGACGGAGGGGUGAUUCUGGAGACUUACGGUAGUGGGAACGGCCGCAAUGCCAACCACUGCGUCACCGUGCCACCCCAGGUCUCCUUAAAGUUCCCCCCUUAG